AUGGGGGCCUUCCAAACGGUUUCUGGUUUUGUACGUCGGUGGUUGGUGGUUAGCUGCUGCUUGCAUCGUUGUAAUGGUCAUCAAGAUGUGGUUGUCAUCCAAAAUAACUUGUUACAGGCGGCCAAGCGACGCCGGGAGUUCGAGGCCGCAGGCGGGGCUGCCGCAGCUGCGGCGCGUAAGGCUAGGAAGGGACCUGCCGCGCUGAUUGCGCUGCUGGGCCCUGCCGCCGCCGCCGCGGCGGCGGCGGCAGCGGCUGCCGCCGCUGAGUCCUCCGACGCGUACGACGACGGCUCCCUCAUCGGCAUCGGCUCUACGCCCCAGUGGACGGGGCUCUGCCUUCGCUGCGGGCUUGAGGGAGAGCUCCUUUGCUGCGACGGCAGCGGCUGCAAUCGCGCCAUGCACCUGUCGUGCGCUGAUCUAGCCGACGUGCCGGAAGGCGACUGGCUGUGCCCCGUCUGCAUGCGCGCGGGUGUCGUACUUAGCGGCGGUGGCGGCGGCGGCGGCGACAGACAGAUAGCCUCCCCUCCGGAGCCAAGAAGCGAACAGACUGCUUUGCCCCCAUGCGACGAGGAAGGGCCGGUACCUUGUCCCGGCGCCAUGUACGUCAGCGUAGACCACCUGCACCCCCCGGAGCGCCCCGAAACCAAGUGGCGCCACCCCAGUACGACACCCUUCCUCACCUGCUAUGGUGACAUUGGCCGCCAGCAGCCGCGUGUGGUGCGGUGCGCGUGUGGUCAGCGGCCCUGCAAGCUGCGGGCGUUACGUGAGGGCGGCGGGGUGCCUGAUGAGGUUAUUCCACCGGAAUGGGCGGCCAAGUACGAGCUGCCCCCGGACGACUCCAGCCACCUGGCCCCGGAGGAUUUAGGUGGGUUUGUACGGCAAAGGGGAAGAAGGAAGUUUCCCCCGGGGGGAGGGGGAGGAAGCACCCCAAGAAGCAGCGAGGUGCUUCGCGCUGCGGAGGUGAUGUUGACGGACUAUUUUAAAGGACGUAUUUGCUACAGCUGUCACGUACCAUCCACCAAGAUGCAAAAGUGCGCCAGGUGCCGACAGCCGGCAGCGGAGGCGACGACCGCGGGGGGGAAUUCGGGGGCAGGGACAGGGGCAGGGGCAGGGGUACGCCACAUGCGCUCUCGGGUUAACGGCAUCGCGACCAUCGUCACCAUCCGCACCGACCCUAUCAUGUAUCAACGAGCUGGAUGA